AUGGCGGCGCUCAUCCGCGAAGCCCCCCUGGGCCAGCUCAUCCGCUUCGUCACACGCAACAAGUUCUUCCAGUACCCCGAGGAAAAGGACGGCUUCGAGCUGCCCGAGCCGUGGGUCAUCCUGCUCAACAACCCCGACGCCGUGGUGCUGGAGGAUGGCCAGAUCAACACCACCAACAACAACACCGUCGUGGGCUCGUCGGCCUCGUCCGUCACGGCCGAAGACCCGGACGGCAAGCCCAAGCCCAAGAAGGAGCACGACAAGGAGGAGCAGGUCGAGGACGGCGGCCGCAUCCAGCUGCACCGCACGCGCUCCGCCAACGAGACGCACGCCUACACCGUCGACCGGCUCCAGGUCGACGAGCAGCACGAGCUCGAGAAGGUCAAGUCGAUCCCCGUCGUGCCCAAGCGCACCAAGGACGGCGCCAUCCUCGUCGACUGGUACUACAGCGACGACGCCGAGAACCCGCACAACUGGACCAACAGGAAGCGCGGCGGCAUCGCCCUGCUGAUCUGCCUCUACACCUUUGUCGUCUACACCUCAUCCGCCAUCUACACGUCCUCGACCGAGGGCAUCAUGCAAAAGUUCGGCGUCAGCCAGGUCAAGGCCACGCUGGGACUGUCCCUGUACGUGCUGGGCUAUGGAAUUGGACCGCUGCUGUUCUCGCCUCUCAGUGAGAUCCCUCGCAUUGGCCGCAACCCCGUGUACAUCGUCACCAUGUUCCUCUUCGUCAUCAUCUCCAUCCCCACGGCCCUCGUCGACAACUACGCCGGCCUCAUGGUCCUUCGAUUCCUCCAGGGCUUCUUCGGUUCGCCCUGUCUGGCUUCGGGUGGUGCUUCUCUGGGCGAUAUGUACAGCUUGAUGGCUCUGCCAUAUGCCAUGAUGGCCUGGGUCUCGGCCGCCUACUGUGGACCUGCCCUCGGUCCUCUCCUCAGUGGCUUCGCCGUCCCCGUCAAGGGCUGGCGCUGGUCUCUCUACAUUAGCAUCUGGGCAUCCGCCCCGAUCUUCAUCCUCAUGUUCCUGCUCCUCCCCGAGACUAGCGGCCCCAACAUCUUGCUUCGCCGUGCUAAGCGCCUCCGAAAGCUGACUGGCACCGAUCGAUUCAUGUCCCAGAGUGAAAUCGACCAACGCAACAUGAAGGUCUCGGCCGUCGCCAUCGACGCUCUCAUCAAGCCUAUGGAGAUCACUCUCAAGGAUCCCGCCGUGCUGUUCGUCCAGAUCUACACUGCCAUCAUCUAUGGCAUCUACUAUUCUUUCUUUGAGGUCUUCCCCUUGGUCUACCCCGUCUACUACAACAUGAACCUUGGUCAGAUUGGACUCGUCUUCCUCUGUAUCCUGGUCUCUUGUCUCAUUGGCGUGGGCGCAUACACUGCCUACAUGUACUACGUUGUUGACCGCCGCAUCGCCAAGUACGGCUGGCCUGUUCAGGAGUCACGUCUCAUCCCGGCCCUGGUGGCAUCCUUCGGUCCUACUAUCGGUCUCUUCCUCUUCGCUUGGACUGCGCGUGCGUCCAUCCAUUGGAUUGUCCCGACCAUCGGAAUCACCAUCUACGGUGCGACCGUCUUCGUGGUGAUGCAGUGUAUCUUCAUCUACAUCCCGCUCAGCUACCCCAUGUACGCGGCCAGUCUGUUCGCGGCAAACGACUUCUUCCGCAGCGCCCUUGCCUGUGGUAGUGUUCUUUUCGCACACCCUCUCUUCGGCAAUCUGGGUGUCGCCAAGGGCACGAGUCUCCUGGGCGGCCUAAGUGUCAUUGGUAUUAUUGGUAUUUGGCUGCUGUACUUCUUCGGUGGGAAGUUGCGCAGUCUCAGCAAGUUUGCUGUCUUCGAAGCUGAAGCAUGA